AUAAUCUUUAUCUUACAGGCGUUCGCCGUAUCUGAACGAAUGCCCAUGCUGUAGAGAAAGGCUCUUCUGGACUCCCCAUAUUAUUAUGAUUGUUGCACAGCCUGGCCCAUUGCCCUCUAUGCUGGAGCUCGAUUAUACUUUGGCUGUAUAAUGAUGGUUGUACGCGCUUCUGGAAAAGACGCUGAUUUAAAAAUUGGAUUCUGUGGAGACACCUCAGGAGUUUCUAAGGAGUUCACCUCUGCCUGAUCGCUCAGAUGUUCCCAGCCUGUGAUCUCGCUGCCGUUGUCCAUCUUUGGAGAUACCGGUAAUUCCCAGACAAUGGGCGUGGAUUAGUAAAUUAUACAUCGUUCUUUCUUUGUGUUUGGGACUCACAAGAUCUUCAGUUGUAUGUCGCCAGAAAGACAUGUUCUCUGUAGCCACGUUAUUGUAAGGUUGUAUUUUCAGUGUGAUUGACCUGAGGAUUUAAGGAAACGUUGUGGCAUUAACUAGACUAAAACAUUAUCCCGCACUGACAGCCUGGAUACGCGGCGCCUCACCGUUUGUGUUCACAUUGGUACACUUAACAUGAACGGAUGGGUGCAUGAAGCCUCUUGUUUUGCUAGAUAAAUAUUCCGCUCCUUUCGCUUUUCGCGAUAUGAAAUCGACAUUGUGACAAAGACGCUGUACUUAGUCUUCUUUGAGCGGAGUUGCCAAAGAACAAAAGAGAAAUGAAGACUCGACUGUCUGGAAUUAUCUUAACGCUCUGGAUAUUUUCAGAGUGCACAGAGGCCAAAAAGUACUGCUGGUAUUUUGAGGGUGGCUACCCCAUCUAUUUUAUAUGCCGUUCCUAUGAGGACUGCUGUGGAACUCGUUGCUGCGUCAGAGCCCUCUCCAUACAGAGACUAUGGUAUUUCUGGCUGCUGCUCAUGAUGGGCGUGCUCUUCUGCUGCGGCGCCGGCUUCUUCAUCCGCAGACGCAUGUACCCCUCCCCCCUCACCGAGGAGCCCGCCUUCAACGUGUCCUUCACCAGACAGCCUGUCACCACGCCAGGGUCCCAGCAGCCCGGGAUGCAGACCUUCGGUGAUCCAGGUGGAGCGAUGAUGACCCCCCUGACCCCCGCCUACCAAGUUCAGCCCAACUCCCCGCACAUGAUGGCCCCCUACCCGCCCCCGCCGUCCUACUGCAACCACCCGCCUCCGCCCUACGAGCAAGUCUUCAAGACCCCCGAGAAGAAGUAGCCGUGGCCGCGAGGCCCCGGAGACGGCAGCAUCCCUUCUGUCCCCUCCUUUUUCCGUUUCUCUUGUGGUGACGUGUGCGGCACAGCCGGUCGCUGUUCGGGUGGGCGGGGAGGGGGAAGGGGGCGGAGGGAGAAGAUCCGCGAGUUUGAACAGUGCCCCGACGGCGAGGGCAGGAGCCGCCGGUGGAAAAAAAAGGUCAUGUGAUGUCUUUGUAAACAGCCCCUGUCCGAAACCCCGUAGUGCAGACCGCGUGUAGGCAAGUCGAACACGUUUCUUUUUUUGUUUUCAUUUCUGAAUUUACGUUACACCAGCUUUUUGUCUUUUUUCACUUCUUCUCCACAAUAUUUUAAAUUUACACAUAUUGGGGAAAAACAACAAGGAAACUAGUAUUCACUUCUCAACACUGAGUUCCCAUCCCCGCUGACAAGGCUAUAGUGGUUGCAGCCAGGUGGCGAAAGCCUGGUUGAACUGUUGGACAAGCCUUGGAAGGACUCAACUGUCAUGUAGACCUCAGUGCACUGAGGACCGGACAAUUAAAGGGACUAAUUCACUCUGGGAUCUAUCUGGGUUCAUGGUGAGCUCUGUCUGAGCGAAGUGUGUGGGUGGUUGAAUCUGUGGAUGUGGUGUGUUUUUAAAUUACUCAGUUGGAACACCAGCAGAGGAGGUGACGUUACUAGGUGCGCUUCAGAACACACCAUAUCAUCAUUCAGUGCCUCUGUGGUGGCUGGUAGGGUUUUUUUUAAGGGAAAGCAGGUCCUCUUGCUAAACCAGACCAGAUUCCAGUGCUCUGGGUGGUAACCAGGCCCAGCUGGCUCCAAACCAAGAACUCCAAUUGUCUGUUUUGUCUCCAGCAUCAGGCAUCUAAUUGCAUAGCCACAAAACCCAUUUUGUUCCUAAAGCGAGCUCUAAUUCGCAGAAGGGACAUUCAUGAAGCCAUUAUGCUCACUGGUAGAUGCCAUUUGUCUAAUUCUGAGUAGCAUUCAGUGAAAUUGAAAGUGGGUAAACUAAUCUGAGCUCACGCACAGUCUCCUGCAAAAAUAAUUGAAGGGGGGGAGCAGGAGAGCUCAAGAAACUGGGAACCGGGGAGCAAUAUGACAGAGAACUCACUGUAUGAAAUGGGUCUGCAAAAAGUAGAGGAGACAAAUCAGAACUAAACACCAUCUUUGAAAAUAUAAGCCAGUUAAGAAUUUAAUGGCUUGAAGGCUUUUUAUGAAGGCAUUCAGUUGAAUGUGAUGAGUUGCUUCUCUCUGAUAGGUCGGCGGUCUGACUUUGUGAUCCGCUACCACUCUGAGAGAAAUGUAAAAUUAUUCAUAAAUGCUCGGCAGGGAUUGAGUAGUGCUGAGUUAAAUGUGCAGUCUUUGCGAGGGAUAGCGAACUCAUCAAGAUUUGAAAACAACUGUUACAUUCGUUGAAAUCUGUUUGCAGCGGGUGGUAAAUUGGACAGGCCUGUUUUAUGCAAUAUUUUAUGCACUGACAUAAGUACUUGUGUGGAGCUGACUGUUGGUGGCCCUUCUGGUUUGUGCUUGUUUUGCAGAGUAAAAUUGGUUGCUUCACACAAUCUUAAACCUGGCUUGACCCAUUUCAAAUAAAAAAAAAUAAAAAUCAGGCAUGAUGCCUUCACGUGGAAAGUUCAGUUAAAAUGUUCACCCACCCAACAAAGCAAAAUGACUUAGAGAAACACACAGGUAUUUCAUCGACUGCAACAGUGGGAAACGACCGUCACUUACUAAGCAGGCGCCCACCAAAACAGCAGCAGUAACGACAGCUUUCCACGAGAGCUACUCAACAGCAUGCUCACUUCCUGUUUUCCUGAAGGAGAGAUGGGUAGAUUUGAUUUGAGGCUGUCCCCAGAAGGCAGUGUGCAUGUCCCGUUCUAGAACUGCGGGGGAUACACCCAGACUUCUCCCUGCAGAGCCAAACACGAUUACCAUGAUAAUUAUAGAAGCAACAGUUGAAGCUGCGGUCUCCUGUGAAACCGACUUAAUCACGUGACCAAGACCGAUCAGAACGAAGAAUCAUCAAAAUGCAUUAAGCUCUUUGAAAUUCAUGUGCAGAUGGUGGUUUGAGUGUAGCAGAAUAAAUUGUAAUGACCACCUUUGUAUGCAGGCAAUAUUCCAAAUAAUUGAGAAUUUUGAAUAUGUGAAUAUUCUAAAUCAGCUGGUUACAUGUUUAGAGUUAAUGCUCCACUCGUUAUUUCUGUGUAUAUCCAGACUUAAUUUAGUCUAAAAAAGUGUUGAUUCAGUUUUAAGAUUUGAACAUUCAUGGUCUCACCCUCUAAAAAGUAGCAACAGUACAAACAGAUAUCACUACAGUAUUGCAUUAAAUUAUUGUUCAAUAUCACCCUGACAGAAGUAUUUCUCAUUUGCCGCUAUCUUUUGAAAAGUUAUUCGUAAUACUCAUAUUGGAUCACUAGUUGCUUUAAUACCUGUAUAUUGUUUUGUAUCCAGUUAUUUGUGAUAUCCAUGUGGGAGCACAUUAUAUUAAUGCAAAUGGACUGAGAAUUCUGAAUAUGUUUGAUGUUUGUUGGCUAAUAUUCUGUUAGUAGAAUGAAUAUUAACAGUAUAUCCCACCCCCCAAAUACUGUCUUAUAUAGAGCUUGUUUAUGUUCAGGUCAUUAUUACAAAUUACUGAACAUUCCAACAAAUUAAUGAAUGUUUGGCUGCAUGUGAACAUGGCCAAUGUUUGAACAGCAAGCCAGAUUCACUUGACAAAGUCUUCAUUUUACAUUUUUAAGUGCCCAGGUUAGUAGGUGAAGCUUUGAGACAGUCCGCUUGAAUGGAAGAGCUACUGAAUAUGAUAUUGUUGAGAAUCACGUCAUUCUUGGCAGCAAUAAUCCCACAUGGACAAAAUGGUAGUUACAAUAACGGCAACUGCCACUUACCCCUUUUCACUGAAACAAUAUCUCAGCAUCCAUUCCCUCCCGGUCUCUCUCAGCUGAACCCAUGUAAUAAGCUAACGUGGAUCCCCUACAGAUUACUCAUUGUGAACUUUGCAUUCAUGUAGGCAUAUCGACGAGGAUACCCAGUCACCAUCCUAUUAUCCCAAUAUCAUUUCAGGAUAUUGCUCAGUUCUGUGUUGUGUUUCCAUACUUGCUAGUCGGGUGUCCUAUCGUUCCUGUGCAGGCACAAUGGUGGAGAAGCAACAGGAUGGAGUUUUGGGGGAGGGGGGAUUAUUUAUGACAAACAAAGUGUUAUUGUAUUUCUUUUGAUGUUGUUGCUCAUACAUUUGGCUAAUAUACUGCGCAUAUUAAUUUACCAUUUUAAUCUAUGCAAUUUGGAGAUGGUUUCAGAU